AUGAAAUUGCUCAAGUAUCCGAGGGUUUUGAAUGACGGUAAAGUGAGUGGGUGCUGCUUGGUGGGUGAGCACUUGCUUGUAGCUGGUUUGUACUCGAUAGGGUGUUUUUCGAGUGAGCAGUUGGUGAAUUGUGCUUUAGGUAAAGAGUCUGCCAAAGAAGUCCAGGAACUAUUUAUGAUGCGAUGCUUUACAGAUUCAGAUAAUCAGGUUUAUGAUGUAUUUGGAUCGGCAAAUCGCUUGUUUGCCGUUACCGACCGCAUGGUUCUAUAUGCAGACGAGUGGUUAGAAAAACGUGCAACAGUCGAGUUUCUGAAAUUUUGGCAAGUUGAAGCGCCAGCAUGUAUCACAGAUGCCAAAUUUGACUGCAACUUGAAUCUCGUAUUCAUACUUGUGAAUAAGUCUUCCAGCGAGAAUUCGGUGGUAAUUUGUAACUCUCAAACGACGCAGAAACUGGGUGAGAUUCCAUUAGGCCAAUCGAAGCCCUUGACAGCUAUUAUGGAUCCCAACUCGCAAAUUUUCACCGUAAUUUGCGCCGAUCGCAACAUAUCGCUAUUUCAGUACACCGAUACUGGCAACUACAAGCUACUACACAAGCUCAAUCACUACGUUCAAGUGGACCCUUUGCGUUACAAAAUUACUAUGUCUCCUCAAGCUGACAGGCUACCCAUAUUGAAUUCCAUGAGCUCGUCUUCUACUCCAGCGAUUCUACUUUUGGAUCGUCAACACAAUUUUAAGAUUGAUUCUACGCUUGUGGGUCACUUUGACAAAUGCCAGAUCCUCAAGUAUUCGCCCAAGAUCUAUCGAAAAACUCAGAAGUCUGGUUCUAAAGUGACUUACAACUUAGCCGCGACGGCGGGUUUUGACACAGGCUCUAUAGUAAUAUGGAAUACGAAAAGGCUGAAACCUUUACUCAAUACUAAAUGUACGCAAGACUCCUAUAUUACAGAUCUCCAGUGGGCAGCCGAUGGGUUAUCUCUUUUUGCCUUCACCAACGAUGGUCAGAUGAUGAUUUUCGCAUUCCGGCAGGAGGAACUUGGUGAAUCACUUUCCGAAAGUGAAGUGGAGACUUUUAAAUCCUCGGUAGCACACUUAGACCCUUUGCCACCUGUACCACCUUCCUCUACAAGCUCAACUAUAAAACCGCAAGAUGUACAAGUAGGGUCAAUUGGCACUGUAACAAAGGUGGGGGGGAAAAAAAAAGUAGUCCCUGCGACAAUCCAAAGUGCCUCCAUGGAGUUUAAUACGCCUUCAUACAAUGUUCCCAAAGAUCUUAAGCGAAGACCUAAAGACCCCUUACUGCCAUCAACCAAUAAAAAGCAAAAACAUGAUCUUGAGCCCAUGGACUUUCUCGAUACAACUUUAUUAAUGCCAGGAAUUUCCUUUUCCAAAAUGAGAUUAGCAACACCCAAGGUCCGCCUGAAUUUCACUUGUAUUGCGAGUAAAACUGAGACAUUAGUAAUGACUGUAAAGAAUGGAUCUGGAAAUGAGCAAACACCUAGCGUGAUUACACUCAAGCAAAAGGAAUUCGCUUACGAAAAAACAUUGUUUGAGGACUUUCUUCCGAAGCUCAUCACAAUUUGUACCGCUGGUAAUAACUUUUGGAGUUGUUGCAGCGAAGAUGGCACAAUAUACGUUUACUCAGAUUUGGGUAGAAAGCUACUUCCUCCUCUUAUUAUGGGAGUACCAUGUAGCUUUUUGGAAGCAUGUGGGAAUUUUUUACUAUGUGUUACUUCAGCGGGACAGUUAUAUUGCUGGAACAUAGAAACCUCGAAGCUUCAUUUUCCGCCGAGCUCUGUCUAUCCACUUCUCAGUCCUACUGUGCGGUUUUCGGAUGAUGUGUUAACUAGAGCCGAAAAUAUCACCAUGUUCUCACUAACCAGCAAUGGAGUGCCAAUUGUUACGCUGAGCAAUGGCGAUGGCUAUAUGUUUGAUAAAGAAAUGGAGACCUGGAUGUUAAUAAAUGAUUCAUGGUGGGCUUACGGCUCGCAGUAUUGGGAUACAACAAGAACAACAACAAGCGGGAUAAGCCUAGGUGAAAGCAGUGAUAAGCAUGAGAAGAAAAAUCAGUCGUGGAACUCUGAGGCACAAGGAUUGGCAGAAAGCCUCAAUGACAAUAAGUCAAGUAUUCUAAAUUACUUGGAAAAAAGAACUAAUGAUGAGCUCAACAGGAAAGGAAGAGCACGUAACUUACAGAAAUUCGCCAAGACAAUACUGAUGAAGGAAGGGUAUGAAAAUCUGGAAGAAGUUGUAACACUAUCUCACUUGGAAAAUAAACUGCUAGUAUCGCUUCGCCUUGGUGAAAACGAAGAGUUUAUCAAACUACUUGUAAUUUACAGCAUACGUCUAAGCGAAAUGGGCUACAAAGGUCGCCUAGAAAACGUUCUCCAGUGGCUUUAUAAUGAUGGAGACUAUAAAGAUAUGAUAAUUGCCGCCGUGUCAGCAGAGGAGUUACUAAAAAAGAUACUGGUGGCCUGUGCUGAGAUAAGACAUGUUCAAAGAGUGACGACUAGUUAUGCAUCUGCCAUUGGAUUAAUUAAUGACUCUAUAUAA